AUGGCCAAGAUCAACACCCUCCUCUUUGACUGCGACAACACGCUCGUCCUCUCAGAGGAACUUGCGUUCGAAGCGUGUGCCGACCUCAUCAACAAGAUUUGCGCAGAGCGUGGCAUCAAGAAGGAAUUUACAGGCGAAUCGCUCAUAGUGGAGUUUGUCGGCCAAAACUUCCGUGGCAUGCUGACCACGCUUCAAAAGGAGAAUGGUAUCGAGAUUGCUCCUGAUGACAUGGAAAAGUAUGUCCGCAUGGAGGAAGACGCCGUGAUUGCCAAGCUCAAGGCGUCGCUGCGCCCGUGCCCCGGCGUGGACGAGCAGCUGGAGAGGCUGGCUGCCGACAACAAGUACCUCCUUGCCGUGGUUUCUUCGUCUGCGCUGCGUCGUGUCAAGGCGUCGGUGGACAAGGUCGGCCAAGACAAGUACUUCAAGGGCGCUAACGGAGAGGACCUGAUCUACUCUGCUGCUACGAGUCUCGAGAAGCCUACCAGCAAGCCUGACCCGGCCAUCUACCUGCAUGCGUUGAAGGUGCUGGGCAAGACGGCUGGGGAAUCUGUGGCUAUUGAGGAUAGCAAGAGUGGUACGUUGAGUGCCACGAGGGCUGGCAUCAAGACAAUUGGCUAUGUUGGGCCGUACGCCGAGGACAGGAAGGCGGAGAUGGAAAAGGUGUUGACUGAUGCUGGGGCGGUGGUCAUGAUGCGUGAUUGGAGCGAGUUCCCUGCUUUGCUGGAGAAGAUUGAGUCUGGGGCUGUUUAG